ACUCCAUGUUGUAACAAAGUUUCCUCCGCGGCGCCGCUCCCGCGCCCGCCGCCCCGCGCCGCCGCCGGCCCCCGCCCCGCCUCCCCCCCCCGGGGGCCGCGCCGGGGGGGGCCGCCCCCUCCCACCCCUCCUCCCCGGCGCCCAUGGAGCACCAGUCCAUCAUCGCCCAGGUUAGCAGGGAGGAGGGGAGCGCCCCGCUGCAGGAGAAAGGUACCCAGACACCUGCCAAGAAGCCUCGGAGCCGCAGCAUUCUCCAGUCCCUCUUCUGCUGCCUGUGCCGCGAUGACGGGGAGCCCUGCACCGGCACCACUGGCGCCCCACUGCUGGUGGAGGAGAAUGGGGCCCUGCCUAAGGCUGCUGUCAAACACCUCUUGCCUGAGAUCAAACCGCAGGAUGCCAGCAAGCUCUGUGUGGUCAUCGACCUGGAUGAGACACUGGUGCACAGCUCCUUCAAGCCGGUGAACAAUGCCGACUUCAUCAUUCCUGUGGAAAUCGAUGGCAUCAUGCACCAGGUGUACGUGCUCAAGCGGCCACACGUGGACGAGUUCCUGCAGCGCAUGGGUGAGCUCUUCGAGUGUGUGCUCUUCACCGCCAGCCUGGCCAAGUAUGCAGACCCCGUGGCUGACCUGCUGGAUAAAUGGGGGGCUUUCCGGGCACGACUUUUCCGGGAAUCCUGUGUCUUCCAUCGUGGCAACUACGUGAAGGACCUGAGCCGUCUGGGCCGUGACCUGCGCCGGAUCAUUAUUGUGGACAACUCGCCCGCAUCCUACAUCUUUCACCCUGAUAACGCUGUGCCAGUGGCUUCCUGGUUUGAUAACAUGGCAGACACGGAGCUGCUGGAUCUGCUGCCCUUCUUCGAGAGGCUCAGCAAGGUGGAGGAUGUGUAUGCAGUGCUCAAGAAGCAGCGGACUAACAGCUAAUGGCUCCUCCACCCUGCCGGCUGCUGCCGAGGGGCACCAGCGGGGGAGCCAGGUGCCUUAUUUUGGAGGAGAGGGGGGUCCCGGUGUGCCCCCCAUCAUCCUUGCCAGCCCCAGUGGGCGCAGGUGCCCUCCCCGCCUGCUGGUGGUGGGAGAUGUGGGUGCCACUGCCAGGGAGCUGAGUGUCCCCCUUCUCACAGAAAAAGGGGGCUAUGGGUGACCUGCUGCCUUGCUGAGGACCUGUUGGGGGGGGUCCCAUCCUCCCACACUGUCCAGGCCCUGCCCUCCCCCAACCUCUGUCCCCCUUCCCCAAAACGGUUCUCAGGUCCUUUUUCCCUCCAUGUCCCCCUGAGUGGGGUGGGGGGAUCAGCAGCUGCUGUUUUCCACUGCCUUUGGGGGGACUAGAUCCCUCCAUCCAGGCUCUGCCUGCUGAGAGCCUGGUGGCCCUUGGCCCCUGUCUGCAGGGGUUACAGGACAGUUCAACACUUUAUCACUCUACAAAAAUGGGGGAGUCUUAUUAUUGAUGCAUAAGGCUGCCACCAUACCCUUAACUCUGCCCUGGGUGCAGCUGAUCACCUCAUGGGGGGCAUGUCCUUGCCCAUCCUCGUGCCUUCUCCUGCCCCCCCACAUAGGGGGUGUGUUUUGGGGGAGCAGCCUGGCCUCAGGGCUGAGCCGCUGGGCACAAAUGCCCCCCAUGUGCCUUGAGACUCUGUGUCUCUGUGGCCCCCUUAGCCCUGCAAGGGCUGUGCCUGGGGGGGCUCUUAACUCCCCUUCUCCAACCUCAGUUUCUUCCCUUGUUGUGGAGACCUCCCCCCAUCUCCAGUUACACUGUGUUAGUGGGAGCCACUCCGGUCACCAACAAGGGGGUCCCCUCCCGCAUGGGGGGGGGCACACACCUCCUCCUCAUCCAUCUGCAGCUUUGCCAAAGGCUGCCGCUCCUAGGAGGGAUGGAACAUCUUACCAGCCUUAUUUCCCCCCCUAGCCUUGCCCCAGUCCCUCAACUGGGAUAGGGGUGGGGGGCACUGCAGCCUCCCUCCCUUCCCAUAGCCUGGGGUUACCCUUGACCCCCGUGGGGUUGGACUGGUGCCAGGGUGUCCCCCAGCCUUGAGGGGCUGGGGGCUCUCAGGGAGGGGUUUUAGCAGGGGGCUGAGCUCAACCAGGCCUUUUUUAACGUCACAAUACGGACAAUGCCUCAUAUCUUUUUAGAGGGAAAAACAAUGGUUUCCCAAAAAAUCAUGGGUGCCUUUUUAGCGCUGUGCCAGCAAAGGGAAUGGGGCAGUAUUUGGGGGGGUGGGUGUGAGGGGUUUUAGCUUUCCGGUGCUGUUCAGCCGGCUCCUGCCGGCGCUGCCCUUCCCCCGGUGCUGGGGGUAAGUGGGGGGCCCCCCAGCCCCGCCCACACCCCUGCCUGCACCCCUGCCCCUUGGCCAGGGGUGGGGUAGGGGGUGCUACAGCACACCCGCUGGAUCCCUGCCAGCCCCGGGCCUCAUCCUGCCCCUCCAGGAGGGUUGAACUCAGCACUUUACAUUAGACAAGUCAAACGGCACCAGCGCAGCUACUGCCCAGCGAGUACCUGUGGGUGCUGCAGCAUCCAAGGAGCGCAGCCCCUGUGCUGGGCACCCUUGGGGGGCCUGGGGGGUGCAGAGGCGGCACAGGGGGGCUGGGGAGGGCUGGGAUACCAGAUCCAAGUGCCUUCAUGUGAUUAAAGCUGUCAAACCAUCUUGGAAA